UUGAUCAAGCAUGACGUUUGUCAAUAGCGCACUUCAUUUACAUUUUUAUUUCUCGUUCUCGACAAAAUUAAUUAUAAAAUGGACGAUAUUACAGAAAAACAAGUAAAAGAUCAACUGAACCAAGCCAAACAGUUGUCGCUAGAAGAACAGAAUUUAAUCGACACUGAAACCAACGAUGAAGAGGAUAAACAGAGUUUGCAAAGUCUCGAGAAGAUUCAAGAAAUUUUUGCCAAAACGGAAACUAUGAAAGAACUGGCAAAGGAAAAAAAUAAGGAAUUGGAAGAACAAUUUAAGGAUUUAAAACAUAAGUUGAAUUCAAGUUCUGAAUAUCUCCAAAGAAUCAAAAACAACAUUGAGAACAUAAAAUUUUCUUAUCAGAAAAAUAUUAUUGAUUUACAUAAACAUCUAGAUCCUGCCACAGCCGCUGAAAAUAGCCAAUUUGAGUCACAAGAUGCAAUGAAGUCCUAUAUAGAAGAUAUUCGAAAGAAAAUUGAAGACCUGCAAACCAGGAGUACAGCUCAAGAAGAAGAAAAACGAAAUCAAGCUGACAGUUACGAAAAAGCAUUUGACAGGAUCGUUAGCUCAUUGCAAGAUAUUGAAAAGGGUGCUUACAGCUCUAAAAACCUUUUGGGUGAAUAAAUAGGUACCUACCUGAAUUCUAACAAAGAUUUUAGGCUUUAGUCGAUUUUUGUUAAGAAAAGUGCCAUGUGUACUGCCUAAAUCGUAGAUGUAAAAUCCAGGAACAUCUGUUUCUGAUCCUUCUCUCCUGUACUGAAGAACAGCAUGGUAUCUAAAAUUAAAAUGUAUUUAUUUACUAUUUUAUACUUUUAAACACUUUAAAUAUAAUAUUGAAUAACUUA